AAUCCGAUUGCCGAUGCCAGAUGGCGCGUUCCAGAAGAGGAGGAACAAACAGAAAGUAGAUCGGCGGUUGCAGGCGCGGUGGGGGAGAAGUCGCCUUCUCUUUUCCUCUGACAUUCUACCUCUGCAAUCCUUAUUUAUUCCUCCCCUCUCCCCGUAUUGCCCCUACUCUCUUCCUACAUUCCCAUAUUACCCUCAUCUUCUCCCCACCUCCUCCUCCCCCGAACAGAGAUAUUUUCUCUCUCACUUCUUCUCUAUAUAUAUGUUUGUACCUCCGUCUCAAUACACAACUCAGGGCGCCUCGGUGGCCUUCUCCAUGGCUGAUUGUUGAGACAAUAAAUUUGAAGUUGGAGUUUCGUUGAUUUGGUAACUUAAAGAUGCCUGGGGUUGUCGUGGAUGGAAUUAAUAAAGAAGGGUCGGUGCAUGAAUUAAAUGGAAAUUCAGCAGUUUGUAAAGAAAGUUCUGUGCAGUACAAGUCUCCCAAAAGUACUUUGAGCCCGCAAAGUACUCGAAGUGCGAUUCCUGAUGUCCCUCUUGAUGGGGCAGUGGACACCUCGAUUGAGCAGCUCUAUGACAAUGUGUGUGAGAUGCAGAGUUCUGAUCAGUCACUGUCGAGGCCGAGCCUUGGAUCUGAUGGUGAAGAGUCUAGGAUUGAUUUUGAGUUGCGCCAUCUUGUUGGAGGAGAGAUGAGGGAGAUUGAGAUAAUGGAAGAAGAGAUUGAGAUACCAGAGGAUGACUGUCAUAGCAAUUCUCCCUCCAAGAAAGAAACAUUAUCUGCAGGGAAGAAGUCAGGGAAGACAGAUAAGACCCAUUCUGCAAACUCAAGGUCUGAUUCCUCAGUGCAAUCAAAGAAAGUAUCUCAGUUGCAGGUGGAAUCUGAAACAUCCGCAAAAUCAAGUCUGAAGACCAAAAGUCCUCCGGAGAAACCUCCUAAUAAUAAGCAGAGAGAAAAGAAUUGGAGAAAACCAAAAGCUGGAGUCACUCCCACAAGGAAACAGAAGAAUUCACCAGUAGGAGGGGUGAAGUUGCAAAAUGGAUCUGAAGAUUCAUCUGAAUCAGGCCUGGAUAAUCCGGAUCUUGGACCAUUCCUACUUAAGCAAGCACGGGACUUGAUUUCUUCUGGGGAAAAUUACCAGAAAGCUCUUGAAUUGGCUCUUCGAGCUGCAAAAUCAUUCGAGAAAUGUGCAAGUGGAAAACCCAGUUUAGAGUUGGUCAUGUGUUUGCAUGUUACAGCGGCAAUAUACUGCAGUUUAGGCCAGUAUGGUCAGGCAAUUCCAGUUCUCGAGCACUCAAUUGAGAUUCCAGUCUUUGAGGAAGGGAAAGAUCAUGCCCUUGCCAAAUUUGCUGGUCAUAUGCAGUUGGGUGAUACUUAUGCAAUGCUGGGCCAGCUUGAGAAUUCAAUACUGUGUUACACAACAGGACUGGAAGUUCAGAAACAAGUUUUGGGAGAAACUGAUGCAAGGGUUGGUGAGACCUGCAGGUAUUUGGCUGAAGCUCAUGUUCAAGCGCUGCAAUUUGAUGAGGCCAAGAAAUUUUGUCAGAUGGCUCUCGAGAUCCAUAAAGAGAAUAGUUCACCAGCAUCUCUUGAAGAGGCAGCAGAUAGGAGGCUUAUGGGUCUUAUAUGUGAAACAAAGGGCGAUCAUGAAGCUGCUCUUGAGCAUCUUGUUUUAGCUAGCAUGGCCAUGGUAGCUAAUGGGCAGGAAAUGGAGGUGGCUUCUGUAGAUUGCAGUAUUGGAGACACAUACUUGUCUCUUGCCCGGUAUGAUGAGGCUGUUUUAUCUUAUCAGAAAGCACUGACAGUUUUCAAGUCCUCCAAAGGGGAGAAUCACCCAGCUGUUGCUUCUGUCUUUGUUCGACUGGCUGAUUUAUAUAACAAGACAGGGAAAUUGAGGGAAUCAAAAUCAUACUGUGAGAACGCCCUUCGAAUUUAUGGAAAGCCCAAUCCAGGGAUCCCACCAGAGGAGAUUGCCACUGGUCUUACUGAUGUUUCUGCUAUCUAUGAAUCUAUGAAUGAGAUUGAGCAGGCACUGAAUUUGUUGGAGAAGGCAUUGAGGUUAUACAAUGAUGCCCCUGGCCAACAGGGCACAAUUGCAGGAAUUGAAGCUCAGAUGGGUGUCAUGUACUACAUGUUGGGGAAGUACUCUGAAUCUUACACCUCCUUCAAAACUGCCAUUUCAAAGCUUCGUGCAAGUGGAGAGAAGAAAUCUGCCUUCUUUGGCAUAGCUCUCAACCAAAUGGGGCUUGCUUGCGUGCAGCGUUAUGCCAUAAAUGAGGCUGCAGAUUUGUUUGAAGAAGCAAGGAGUAUUUUGGAACAAGAGUAUGGACCAUAUCACCCCGACACACUUGGGGUGUACAGCAAUCUCGCAGGAACUUACGAUGCAGUUGGGAGGUUGGAUGAUGCAAUUGAAAUCUUGGAGCAUGUCGUUGGCUUGAGAGAGGAAAAGCUUGGAACAGCAAAUCCAGAUGUGGAUGAUGAGAAGAGGAGGUUGGCUGAGUUACUAAAAGAAGCAGGCAGGGUUCGCAACAGAAAAGCUAGAUCUCUGGAAACCCUCCUUGAUGCCAACUCUCAAGCUAUAAACCAUGAUGGCAUUAAGGUAUGAAAGGAAGGCUGUUACACUCUGGAAUACUGUAACAUAGAUCAUAUUUAAAGUGAAAAUAUAAAAGGGAUAGCUGGUGGGUCAUAUUUAAAAUGAACAAGAUACAGGGAUAGAUGGUGGUUGUAUUGAUUAGAUCUUUAUUUAUUUUUUAUUUUUUGGUGGAGGAAGGGGAUGAGGAUGAAAUAACUGAAGGGUGCUUGGGGUACUAUAUUGAUUUAUGCUAUUUUAUAUUGGCUAAAAGGCUUCUUUUUGUUUGUAUAACUCUUAAGCAAUUGUUGGAAUUCCUUGAUAACAUUAUUACAAUUUGUAUUUCACUGUACAAUGAAUCUAUGAUACCUUUUUUCAUAA